AUAUUUUUGCAUCAUGUUCGCUAAAGUUGUUGUCGGUUUCUAGGACACUGUACUCUCGAAGUCCUUGUGCCUCACAGUAUUGUGGUAGUACAUCCAACAAUUUGCCACUCACUUUGGGAGCAUAUACAACUCUCUGGAAAUAAUGAAAAUACGAACGAAGAAAAAAACAACAAAUUCACAGAUAUCUAUCUAUCCAUCCUGUCAGUUGUGUGGUUAGUUGAUAUGGUUGCAAACACAGUCUAAUUCGAGUUCUUGGACGGUUUGGAAGGGAUUUUUUUCGUCCUGCCGACGGAAUAAACUGAAACGCGCUUUAGGUACCUACUUAUGUGGAUUUACCGAACAAAAAAUAUACGAAAUACUUUACUUCUCCAAAGGUGUUGUUUGUUUUUGUAGAUUAUAAUAAUAAAUAAUUAAUAAUAAUAGUAAAUAAAUAAUAAAUAAUAAAAAAUUAGUUAAAUAAUAUUAAAGUUAAAGUUUAAUAAUAAGAAAUAAUAUAGAUAAAUCGUAUUAUUGUUCUUAACGGUGAGAGUUCGGUUGAGUAACUUUUGACUAUUCAGAUUAUAUGCGUACUUAUUUCCGCAAAUGGAGAUUAGCCUUAAUCUCAAUAAUCUUCUAGUUUCAUACGGUGGAGGAAGCAUUAUGAAAAAUUGUAUCUCUAUGGUAACAGUAUAGCUAAAGAGUUAUCCUAAUUGGUUAAUUUAAUAUCGUUGGUCGUUGGAAAAAGUGGAUUAAGAAAACGACACUUACCUAGUGUUCGUAUUGAAAGUAUAAGGUACUUUCGUGAUAAGUUCUUUUGGUUUUUAUAUUUUUGUUUUUCGUAAUAAAAGGUGUUUUCCCGGUGAUAUUAGGUGAAGAGAAAAUAUACAUAAUUCGUAAAAAACUUUACAGUGAUUUGAAGUGAUAUGACGCGUUUCGUAUUUGAAAAUUUUAUACGAUUGUUGUUUGCAUUUAUUGCAUAAUUUUAAAUCAUUGAGGAAUACGAGGAUUUCUUUUUCACUAGAUUAAGAUUCUUGUUUCGGAUUGAUAUAACCACUAUAUAUUGAUAUAUUCAUCCAAUGCCAUCUUCCAUGCUACUUUUAAGGAAACCCAGUAUAUUUUGGUCUCAAUGUGACAGUGUCACCUUCGAAGGGCAAUGAAAUCGCGGAAGCACCACAAAGGCUUCGUGCUUUGCGGCUUAAAUUGCUUGACUUUUGUCUACUUUCCAUUAGUUCUGCCCAUAAUACUAUGCACAGCAAACGAUUUCGAUUAUCGAAUGGAGAGGGUGAAAAAAGUGUUGAAAGAAGUGCCUUUAAUCGAUGGACACAACGAUCUGCCAUGGAACAUCAGAAAGUUUUUGAAGAAUCAAUUAAGAGACUUUCGUUUUGGAGGGGACUUACGAGAAAUUCUUCCUUGGUCAACGAGUGCAUGGAGUCAUACAGACUUGAGGCGAUUGAAGGAAGGAAUGGUAUCAGCACAGUUUUGGUCCGCAUAUGCCCCUUGUUCCUCUCAACAUUUGGAUGCUGUACAGCUAACAUUAGAACAAAUAGAUUUAAUAAGACGUCUCGUACACCUAUACCCUCAUCACAUGACUCUUGUGACAACAGCCUCAGGGAUAGAAGAAACUCACAAGAAAGGAAAGAUAGCCAGCUUAAUUGGUGUCGAAGGUGGUCAUGCUAUAGGGACAAGCUUAAGUGUGCUAAGGAUGUUCUACCAAUUAGGUGCUCGAUAUUUGACACUAACACACACCUGCAAUACACCAUGGGCGGAUUGUUGCAAAGUUGAUGAACCAGGAAAAAUUCCCCAUAUUGGGGGAUUGUCGAAGUUCGGAAAGUUGGUAGUUACAGAAAUGAAUCGAUUGGGGAUGAUAGUAGAUUUAUCGCAUGUAUCAGUGCCAACAAUGCUGGAUGCUUUAGGAGCAUCGAAAGCACCCGUAAUAUUCUCACAUUCAUCAGCGCACGCAAUAUGCAACAGUUCCAGAAAUGUACCGGAUCAUGUACUUCAAAGAAUAGCAAUAAAUGGGGGAUUAGUCAUGGUAGCUUUUUAUCCCCAUUUUGUUAGCUGUUCUGAAAAGGCUAGUCUACUUGAUGUCGUCGCUCACAUAAACCACAUACGAGAUGUAGCGGGCAUCGACCAUGUAGGCAUAGGUGCUGGAUAUGACGGUGUAAAUUUAGUACCAAAGGGACUGGAAGAUGUGUCGAAGUAUCCCUUCUUGUUUGCCGCCCUUCUUGAGUCUGAUAAAUGGACGGAAGAAGACAUUGCAAAAUUAGCUGGGAGAAAUUUAAUACGAGUUUUUAAGGAAGUUGAGACGAUAAGAGAUCAAAUGGAACUCCAAAAAGUCCUACCUGCAGAUCAGUCAAUUCCACCUGAAGAUAUAAUGGGCAGAUCAUAUUGCCGUUAUCAAGGACCAAGAACAUGAUUGAUGACAUUUAAAUUGAUUUAAGAACGCACAUGUAUUAUACAACUUUGUAUAAAAACAAAACCAUAAAAAAAAAACUACUAUAAGAUCUAAAUUAAGGUAAAAAGUAAGUGAACAACGUUUUUCAUUCUAAAUCAUUUCACUGUAUAAUUUCUCUCAUUAGGAACAAAAAUAAAAAGUUGUAAAUACUAAUUUUUAGGGAAAAACAAAAAAAAAAAAAAAACAUGUAAUAAAACACUGCUUGCAAAAAUUUAAUUAAAUUAAAAAAAAGUAUACAAAAUAGACAAAUUAAUUUAUUAAGUUUUCCCAAAAAUGCAUGUAAAAUAUCAAAAAAAAAAAAAAAAAAAUAGAAACCUAAAGUAUACAAAACUACGGAUAUUACAAUUCAAGAUAAAUAGUUUGUAGAGUUAAACUGUAUGAAGUAAAAAAAAUUAAAUUCAAUUUAUUUUUAGCAAAUCGAGGACUUGUGUCAAGAAUGUAUGUAACUUAUACAAUACAAAAAAAAAAAAAAACAAA